CAUUUCCCCUGCUACCGUAUAAUGGUGGUUAAACUAUGGUUCUGGAGCACCAGGCUUCCUGACCUUGAAGGCAAGCUCCUCUAUUGACUAGCAUAUGACCUUGGGCAGUUCUUUUAGCCUUCCUAAGUUACAGUUUCUCAUCAGUCAAAUGGAAAUGGUGGUAAUACCUGCCUAAUAUGGCAUAUGGAGAGUAGUAAAAGAAAUGACUAGUGCGGUAAAGAACAUCUCAGUGCCCGCCACACAGCAAGUGCUUUCUCUCCAGAUACUUCUUUCUGUCUCAUCUCUUUUAGAUCUUUACUCCGCUGUGAAGCCAUCUUUGACCAUUCCAUUUAAAAUGCACCCCCUACCUCCAAACAUUAUCCCAUUUCCUCCCUUCUUUUUUGUCCACCGCACUUCAUCACUAUCUCACAUACUAUGUAUUUUAGUUAUUUGUUAUGUUUAUACCUGUCUCUUUAGUAGAAGCGCCAAGCAUUAGUAUUCCCAGAUCAAUGCCUGGCAUGCAAUAUGGACUCAAGGGAGAAAGAGAUGAGCCAGCCCUGCUAUGCUGAAACUACUCCCGGCCCAGUGCUAGCCCUUUGGGACCCCGUUUGAACGUCUGACUGCCCUUUGACACCUGGACCAGUGGGCAGGAAGAGAAACUAAAAUCGAGGUAGUAAUUUAAGUAGCACAUUAUGGGGGGCUCUGACCUUAUUGAACUUGAACUUAAUGCUGCCGAUUUUUCAUAAACCUCGAUUCAUGCUACCCCACUCCCUCUCGCUCAGCUAAUGAGCUCCUCCUGUUACCCAAAGUUUACCCGAGAGACCCACUGUAGUGCCCGGGAUAGCAAAGAAUUCUCUGACUCAGGCUCUGACUCGGACUCGGAGAGGCAAAGCGAGCAGGAAAGGGAUCUGCAAAGCUCACCUCCUCUUGGCCAAGGCGGCCUCGCGCGGGUGAGGCGGCCCCCGCGCUGCAGCCCCGGCUCCAGCGCCCCGCGCCGCCUCCGCGGCGGGUCGGGAGCGCGCGUCUCCGCAGCACCUCGGAGACAGGAGCUACUCGCCCGGUCCUGGGCGUGGGAGACGGCGGCGGCUGCGCUCGCGCACUUCGGAGGAGCCAGGAGCCGGAACCAGGGCCAAGCCUGCGGGCCGGAGAGAGCCAGGCGGUCCAUGAAAACUGGCUGGUCUCUAGAAAACAUUCCCCAGAGACUGGAUGGAACCAGCUUAAUGAAAUUAAGGUUGAAGAUGUCUGCCCAGAGGUUAAUUUCUAACAGAACUUCCCAGCAAUCGGCAUCUAAUUCUGAUUACACCUGGGAAUAUGAAUAUUAUGAGAUUGGACCAGUUUCCUUUGAAGGACUAAAGGCUCAUAAAUAUUCCAUUGUGAUUGGAUUUUGGGUUGGUCUUGCAGUCUUCGUGAUUUUUAUGUUUUUUGUGCUGACCUUGCUGACCAAGACAGGAGCCCCACACCAAGACAAUGCAGAGUCCUCAGAGAAGAGAUUCAGAAUGAACAGCUUUGUGUCAGACUUUGGAAGACCUCUGGAGCCAGAUAAGGUAUUUUCUCGCCAAGGCAACGAGGAGUCCAGGUCUCUCUUUCACUGCUACAUCAAUGAGGUGGAACGCUUGGACAGAGCCAAAACUUGUCACCAGACCACAGCCCUUGACAGUGAUGUUCAACUCCAGGAAGCCAUCAGAAGCAGUGGGCAGCCAGAGGAGGAGCUGAACAGGCUCAUGAAGUUUGACAUCCCCAACUUUGUGAACACAGACCAGAACUCCUUUGGGGAGGAUGAUCUUCUGAUUUCUGAACCACCUAUUGUUCUGGAAACUAAGCCACUUUCCCAGACCUCACAUAAAGACCUGGAUUGAGAAAUAUGCUCUGUAAAGGGUCUUCCUGAAGAUGUGGAUUCUAUCUUUAUGUGGCAAGAAAUCUACACCCACCAAAAUUGUGUGUGUUUGGGGGAGAGAGAGAGACAGAGAUAGAGACAGAGAGAUAGAGAAGAGACCCCUUUAGAAGAGAGCUGAGCUGAUUAAGCUGAGUGGUUUUUUGUUUUGCUUUGUUUUUGCUUUUUAAUACAUUCGGAGCUUUGGCGGUAUUAAAGUAUUUACAACAAGCUUGUCCAGCCCAUGUCAUGUGUCCCAGGACAGCUUUGAAUGUGGCCCAACACAAAUUUUAAACUUUCUUAAAACAUUAUGAGAUUAAAAAAAAUUUUUUUUGCUAUUUUUUUAAAGCUCAUCAGCUAUCGUUAGUGUUAGUGUAUUUUAUGUGUGGUCCAUGACAACUCUUCUUCCAGUGUGGCCCAGGGAAGCCAAAAGAUUGGACACCUCUGAUUUACACUAGCUCAUCUUCCUUGUUGAAAAAUUUGGCCAAAUACUAUUGUCAGCAUUCUUGGGUGAGGAUUAGCCUACCAUGUUCUAAAUCUGGCCCUGCCACUACCAUGCUCUACCUUUAGCAAGUUGUUUUACCUGUCUGGGCUGACCCAUUUUUAACUGUAGGUUGACGUGUCUGGAGUGAUCCAUCCCACCUCUAAUAUUUUGUGAAUUUAUGACUUUGCCUUCAGAUGAGGCUAAGCUAUACACAAAACAGUAUAAACUAGGGUACUGCCUCGUACCUCUUGUAGGCUCUUCCAAAUCUCUGUACCUUCCACUCAACCCUUAAUUGAACCAAGCUUUAGUCAGGGGGUCUGAGUGUCUGCCAGAAUGUCAGGAGACUCAUCUUGCACAGUCACGGUGGCCAAUGUUUCUGGUGGGUUGUGCUGAAACAGCUCUUCUGAGAACUUCCAACCACCCAUGCUCUAACCUGGGGACAGCCAUCCCGUGCCUCAGAAUACGUACCAAUUCAUAGGUCAUGCAUGGUACUCUUGUCCCCAAGAAAAAUUAGGAAGGUUGUCAGCUGAGUGAGGGGAGGUGCCUUCUGGGUAUCUCUGUGCUGGUGUAUCUGUGCCAUUGGCUACAGAACAAGAAAAAUACUAUUUGCCAUGCUAUUACCUUGGCAGAUGUGUGGGUGAUAGUCAUCUGUAUUUGAGUUGAGAUGGUCAGUGGGUUGUAAAUUCCCCACUAGCAGAUAUUCAGGGUGGCCUGAGUUAUGUAAACUUGUGAGCAACACAGAGUUAAUUUAUGGAGGAAUCAACACUGCAGACUGGUGUUAAAACAACUUGGUUUUGUGCACACAGUUGCAUGCAUGGCAAGCUGUUAAUCUCUGGGUGGCAUUUUCAUUAUGAAUUUGUUCACCACCUGUCUUGCUUAAGCUAUAAAAUAAAUGCAUUUGACUGCACAGAAA